ACUGCAGAUAACAUCCACUCUCCCUUUUUAUCUCCAUUUCCCCUCACUAUUUCUCAUGUAUAUUCUCUCUCUCCCCCUCUAUCUCUCUCUAAUAAAGCUGGAACAGAAACAAUAACUCUCUCUCCCACUACAUGAGCAGCUAAUUGUACUGUACAAGAUGAGAUUUGAUUGUUGUUCCACCAUCCUCUUGCUUUUCAGUUUCAAUUCAAACCUAUCUACAAAAGAAACCAUCAAAAGUUGUUAGCUAGCUAGCUUAGCCUAGCCCCCAUGUUAGACUAUAGCAAUCCUACUGCAUCUUCCACCUGUCCUUCUGCUCAUCAUGCUUUUACUCGCAGAAAAAGAAGACCCGCUGGCACUCCAGAUCCAGAUGCUGAAGUGGUUUCAUUAUCACCAAAGACCUUAAUGGAGUCAGAUAGAUACGUGUGUGAGAUCUGCAAGCAAGGGUUCCAGAGAGACCAGAACCUGCAGAUGCACCGGAGGAGGCACAAGGUGCCGUGGAAGUUGCUCAAAAGAGAGGCCUCGGCGGAUGAGGUGAGGAAACGGGUGUUCGUGUGCCCUGAGCCGAGCUGCCUGCACCAUGAUCCGUGCCACGCGCUGGGGGAUCUUGUGGGGAUUAAGAAGCACUUUCGAAGGAAACACAGCGAUAAUAAGCAGUGGGUGUGCGACAAGUGUUCCAAAGGCUAUGCGGUUCAGUCGGAUUAUAAGGCCCAUCUCAAGACUUGUGGCACCCGGGGUCAUUCUUGUGACUGUGGUCGUGUCUUUUCCAGAGUUGAGAGUUUCAUUGAGCACCAAGAUGCCUGCAAUAUCCGGGAGAUCCGACCGAAUCAUCAACACGCAAGCUUGCCGCAGCAGCAACAGGUUUGCCCACCUCGUCCAGCUUCCAGCACAAGUCCUUCUAGUGAUGCAAACUUGACUGAUUGGGUCACAUUGUCAAGAUCAUUCUCAAUGCCAGUAACCAAUACUCAUCCACAAUUGGAUCAUGAAAAUUUUGACCAACACAACUUAGAGCUACGGCUAUUACCAUCAACAUCACAUAUGCAAGAAUGCUCACUUUACAGUAGCCGCAAUGAAAAUAACUCGACGCAGUUGAAACUCUCCAUUGGAACAUCAUCAUGCAGUAUACAAGACAACGAAAACAGAAGGACCGAUGAAGGAGGUGGAGAAGAGGAGUCCUUGAAGAAAGCGAUGGCUGAGAAGGCGUUGGCAGACGAAGCGAGGAAAGUAGGGAAGAGGCAGAUUGAAUUGGCGGAGAUGGAGUUGGGUAAUGCUAAAAGAAUAAGGCAAGCAGCACAGGCGGAGCUGGAAAAGGCCCAGAUUGCCAAGGAGCAAGCUACGAACAAAAUCCGUUCUCUCAUGUUGGAAAUAACUUGUCAUGCUUGUAAGCGAGAUUUCGAAGCAGCCAAACCAAGAAAUAAUGGUACUACUGCAGCUAGAAUAUUUGCAGAUGAUCAAGCUUGUUUUGCAAUGAGCUAUAUGCCAUCAGCUGAUCACAUCACAAGGUGAAGGAACUACAUUGUUCUUAACAUGACAUUUUUGUCUUCAACUUUUCUGUGUUCUUAAAUCUUGCUGUUUGAACGGAGGCAAAAUUAA